AUGGGCAAAGGAGACCCCAACAAGCCACAGAGCAAGAUGUCCUCGUAUGCCUUCUUCAUGCAGACCUGCCGGGAGGAGCACAAGAAAAAACACCCCGACUCUUCCGUCAAUUUUUCCGAAUUCUCCAAGAAAUAUUUGGAGAGAUUGAAGACCAUGUCUGCAAAAGAAAAGUCAAAGUUCGAAGAUAUGGCAAAGAGUGACAAAGCUCGCUAUGACUGGGAGAUGAAAAAUUAUGUUCCCCCCAAAGGUGACAAGGAAGGGAAGAAAAAAGAUCCCAAUACUCCUAAAAAGCUUCCAUUUGCCUUCUUCCUGUUUUGCUCUGAACAUCACCCAAAGAUCAAAAGUGAACACCCUGUUCUAUCCAUUGGGGAUACUGCAAAAAAAUUGGGUGAAAUGUGGUCUGAACAAUCAGCCAAAGAUAAGCAACCAUAUGAACAAAAAGCAGCUAAGCUAAAGGAGAAAUAUGAAAAGGAUAUUGCUGCAUACCGUGCCAAGGGCAAAAGUUAAGUGGGAAAGAAGGGCCCUGGCAGGCCAACUGGCUCAAAGAAGAAAAAUGAACCAGAAGAUGAGGAGGAGGAGGAAGAGGAAGAUGAUUAUGAC